AUGGGCUUGCUGCUGCAAGAAACAGCCCCCAAAUCUAAAGGCGCGGGGCCGGCGUGGCCGACCGAGGCCAGUUCGCGUCUCAAGCUGCCGCCGUCGCCCACGCGGCCCUCGGAGCGCCGCGGGCCCGCAUCCGUCGGCCACCGCCAGACCGCCCCUGCGCCGGGCGCCGCGAGGCGGCCGGGACCCUCGAGCCAGGCCCCCCGAGGUGAGAGCGUGGAAAACCACUGGCUAGAAAGCAACACUGAACCCCAAACAGAAAACUUUACCUUUGAUCAGAAUCAAGUGGACUUUUCAACAGUGGUCUCCAAAGAGGGUGUCAUGGUGCACACCUCCAGGAAGAGCCAUCCUUCUUUGGAUGCUCCAGAAAACGUCACCCUACAAACUGAAACAGCAGCUGCUAGAGGAAUAAAUGACUCUUCAAGGAGAACAGAUUUCACCGUUUCCCCCUACGGGCCUGGAAGAACAACAACUCUGACUUCUCAGAGCAGCACCUUAGCCUUGGGAAAGCGUCACCCGCCAUCCAGCAGUUCAGAAGCAAGAACUGCCCCUCUUUACAUGGAGAGUGGAACAUCCUGGGGUUCCCCGGCGAGGGGGCAGGGGCUCCCUGAAGACGUGACUGUGCACACCCAAAUGGCUGCCACUUCAGUUUUGAGCCAGUCCUCUCUCCCUGCUGUGGAGGGGGAAGAAGAGACCGCACUCCCCAGGGGGAGAAAUUCCUCAGGACAAGAGCCCUCCUGGCCACCUCUCUCCAGGACAUCAGCUUACUCCCCUCCCUCUGACCAUCUCUCAUCUUCUGGAAGUACAGAGGAUUUAAACAACUCUACUGCUGUCCACAGCUCCUCGGUGAGUGGGACAGAGAGUGUCCAUGUUGCCACCAUGUUCCCCAACAGUGUCCGAAGGACGCCCCAGUCUUUAGCUAUCAGUCUGCGACCUCUGAAUGAGACAGAACAUUUCCUCGAGGACUCUGAAAUUGCCACAACUUCAUCAUCAGUCCAUUCUUCCCCCUUGGAGGCAGAGUUGAGAAGAAGCAGUGGAGUAUUCAGGAGCCCAGGGGAUGGGGCAUUCACAGAGCUGUCCACAGAAAGUGCAUUUGGUCCUACAUCUUCCAACGUCUCAAGGGAAUUUUGGCAAAAUGAUUCUCCAACCUCCAGAGGACCCCAGCUGGCCAGUGGCUCUGGUGUAGGGAAUGGCAGCCCUGUGUCUCAGACAGAAAUCUCCUCUCGGUCCAUCCCGCCAGUCAGAGGUGAAGAGAGCACCACUCUCUGGUUUUCCACCGGCAGCGAGCCCUUUGCAGGUGCAGCAGGAAGCUCCACUUCCCAUCCUGAGGUUGUGAAUGCUUCAGUUCUGACCCGCUUCUCAGCCUCCGCCCCACAGUCUCGAGGAAGUGACCCAGUGCUGUAUGAAAUGAGCUACUCUGAGCUGGCCACCGAGUCCUUGUCUUCAUCCUCCUCAGAAAGUCUGGGCUUCUCGGCACCCCGAGGGGAGCGCUCAACCACCGAAGACAGUCCUGAGCUGGAUGUUGGUACCGAAGCUGAGGAGGGGGCUUCCUGGGGAGCGCCUGGAGUCCGCAUUCACAGCCCGCACACUUUGGCUACGUCCUCUGGAGUUGGGGAGCGCACACUGCGAUCUCUCACCAACAGUAGCACAACUCCCAGGGAUGUGGAGCGAUCAGUGGCGACAGCUGGAGAAAUGGAGAGUGCCACGCAGCAGGGGAACAUGACGGUGACCGGGGACGCCCGCCCAGUCUUGGGUUCACUGGCGGCCACAAGGACCUUCGGAGGGCAUGGAGUCACUGGGAUUGGCUACGAUGGAGUCAGCAGCACAGAUCCUGAUUGCAGGACCUCCAGUGAGCACACAAACUACACCUGUGCUUCAUCUCCUUUCACCAAAGGGGAACGGACCCUACUGUCCAUUACGGACAACAGUUCAUCCUUGGAUGGAAGGGAGACUUCGACCUCUUCCGUUAAGAUCUCAAGCUCUUUGAGUUCAGACUCUUCUUCCUCUUCUCAGGCUCAGACCGAGAGGAGUAACAUCUCAUCCCACCAAGGAGAACAUGUUCAGCCUUCCACUGAGGUGCUGGUCCUGCCCUCGGCCAACUCUCCGUCUAACACACCCACCCUUAAUGUGCCGGCCACUCUGGUCCCUCCGGAUGCCGACGCUAAAUCUGUUGGUGAUGCGUUAUCAUCUUCAUCGGAGCCGCCCCUGCCCCUGCCUUCGGUGUCACGGUCCUACCAGCUCUUCUCGUUAACCUUGCCAUCUGCCGGGGCCUCCACCCAUCCCCUGCCAUCCACCCCUGAUGCACCCACUCCUUUGUCCUCCUCACCACCACCCUCGUCAGGGUCCCUGAUGGCGUCUGCCCCCGCGUCGCCUGACUCACAGACAGCCCUCCCACCUGCACCUUUUACCCCAGUCCUGCCCAGGGCAAGGGAUGCUCCCGUGACUUCAGUUCGGACGUCAGCAGUCGCAUCGUCUGUGCCACUGCUGCCUAGCAGUCAAACAGCAGAUCCUAAGAACCAGAGUAACCCAUACCUCGAGAACAUCGUCACAGAACCAGAGCCACCAAGCCUGCAGACUCUGCCUGCGGCGGCCACGGAAGCUAUAACAGUGAUGUCUACUCUGGGGAGCCCUUCACCCCUGGCCUUCACAGACUACUCCGCUUCUACAGACACUGAGCAGGCCCUUCCGGCCACGAGCACCGGCUUAGCCCACACGUCUCCAGCUUUGGCAGCCACCACUCUCAAGACCUCUCAUCCUCCUGAGGCCAGCCCUAGCGUCCUGUCAAGCACAGCAGCUCUGACGGGUGGCCCCACGACAGUACAGACAGUGGCCGGAGAAACAGUACAGACAGUGGUUCAGCUCUCGCCAACCAGUCCUGAAAUUCUCGUGGUCCAAGUCACAACAAAAGGUGCUGUCACCACAGAAGGGAGCCCAGUGCAUAGAGAUGCUGCCACCAGAUUGUUCCCCCUGACCGAAGAAUCCACAACAGAGCCUGGCCCUACAGAAGAGGACAGCCUGGCUUCAUCUUUCCUCAAAACAUCUCCUCCCCCCGGAACCACGCCUAUCUCUACAGCUAAGGUGUUAACUCCUCCAUCGACCACCUCCACGGCCCAGAGCAGCACCCAGCCACCCAUAGCACCAUCGUCUCCAGCCACAGUUGAUAGCUGCACCACUCACCCUUGUCUUCAUGACGGGAAGUGCGUUGUGGAUCCCACCACACGUCGUGGGUACCGAUGUAUGUGCUCACCUUCCUGGCACGGGGACAACUGCAGUGUGGAUGUGAACGAAUGCCUCUCAAACCCCUGCCCACCCCUAGCCACGUGCAACAAUACUCAGGGAUCCUUCACCUGCAGAUGCCCAGUGGGGUACCAGCUGGAAAAAGGGAUAUGCAAUUUGGUUAGAACCUUUGUGACAGAGUUUAAACUAAAGAAAACAUUUCUUAAUACCACCAUGGAAAAACAUUCAGACCUCCGUGAAGUUGAAAAUGAGAUCACCGAAAUGUUAAAUGUGUGUUUCUCAACAUUACCUGGUUAUACCCGAUCCACAGCUCAUGUUUCUAGGGAGUCCAGUGUUGUGAUGAUGUCACUGCAAGCCACCUUCUCUCUGGCCUCCAACGUGACGCUGUUUGACCUGGCCGACAGGAUGCAGAAAUGCGUCAACUCCUGCCUGGCCUCUGCUGAGGUCUGCCAGCUCUUAGGGUCUCAGAGGCGGAUCUUUAGAGCGGGCAGCUUGUGCAAGCGGAAGACUCCAGAAUGUGACAAGGAGACCUCCAUCUGCACCGAUCUGGACGGGGUCGCGCUGUGCCAGUGCAAGUCCGGUUACUUCCAGUUCAACAAGAUGGACCACUCCUGUCGAGCUUGUGAAGAUGGAUAUAGGCUUGAAAAUGAAACCUGUAUGAGUUGCCCAUUCGGCCUUGGUGGUCUCAACUGUGGAAACCCCUAUCAGCUUAUCACUGUGGUGAUCGCAGCUGCAGGAGGUGGGCUUCUACUCAUCCUGGGCAUCGCACUGAUUGUUACCUGUUGCAGAAAGAAUAAAAAUGACAUAAGCAAACUUAUCUUCAAAAGUGGCGAUUUCCAAAUGUCCCCAUAUGCUGAGUACCCCAAGAACCCUCGCUCACAAGAAUGGGGCCGAGAAGCUAUUGAAAUGCAUGAGAAUGGAAGUACCAAAAACCUCCUCCAGAUGACAGACGUGUAUUACUCGCCCUCAAGUGUAAGGAAUCCUGAACUUGAACGAAAUGGACUCUACCCAGCCUACACUGGAUUGCCAGGAUCACGGCACUCUUGCAUUUUCCCCGGACAGUAUAACCCAUCUUUCAUCAGUGAUGAGAGCAGGAGAAGAGACUACUUCUAA